AUGUUAUCUCUGUAUUAUCUCUAAACCUUUAGAAGUUUAGAAUCCUUAAUCUCAUCUGAUCUCAUCUACGAAGCUCAGUGUUUGUGGAUUCUCUUUGAUUGAUUCCUCUCCUUUUCGACCUGAUCCGAACGCAAUUGGAGUUGUACUGUGAUCUUAUCUGAAAAUUCGAGCUCAUAAGGUUUCAAUUUCAUACUUGGGGUUGAGAUUUGAUCUCUGGUGAAGAGCCCCCACCAUGGGUGUAACGUUUAAGAUAGUGAAGACUGGUAGAAAGUUCCGUCCCAAGGUUUCUACUGAAUCGGUUGCUCCCGACUCUCCAGAACGAUUGAAUCCAAAAUCAAUUGUUCUACCAGCUAAACCAAAGGCCAUUGUUGAAAGCCAUGGUGGUGGUGGGGAUGAUGCAUCUUUGAUUCAUGUAUCUCCAGAUCAUGAAGUUUCCUUUGUGUUGAGUCUCUAUCCGAAUGGGUACUCCAUUGGAAAACCCUCUGAGACUGUGCAGCAGACAGCGUUUAGAGAUGCUCCAAAGGUCUUGCAUCCGUAUGAUAGAGCAGCAGAGACUCUACUCUCGGCUAUUGAGGCUGGUAGACUUCCUGGGGACAUUUUGGAAGAUAUACCAUGCAAAUUUGUUGACGGGGUGGUCGUAUGUGAGGUGCAUGACUAUCGGAAACAUACUCCUGAGAAAGUCUCUCCUGUGAUAAAUAAAGUGCGCCUUAAGAUGUCACUAGAGAAUGUGGUAAAAGAUAUUCCAUCAAUGUCAGACAACUCAUGGACAUACGGUGAUCUCAUGGAAGUGGAAUCCAGAAUAUUAAAAGCCAUACAACCUGAACUUUGUCUGGAUCCUGUACCCAGACUCGAUAGGCUGAGUAAAAGCCCUGUGUCCGCCAAGCUCGACUUGUCUCUUUCUACGUUGCGGAGAAAGAGAUUGAGGCAAAUGACAGAAGUGACAGUCAUGUCUCAGAACAAGAGUCAUGGUAAAAAGGUUUGCAUUGAUCGCCUUCCCGAAAGUUCAGAGCGAGGAAAUAUGCAGGCACAUUUGUUAAUGCAUCAAACCCAUCACAACCAGUCUGUUCAAAAUCCUGGUACUAAUAUGCUGGCGGGAUUAAGAAAUCAGACCUUGCAAGAUGCGCCUUUGGUACCAUCUCAGCAACAAAGGUACAUGGGAACUGGAAAUAUUAGAAACAUGCAGGAUCAAGGAUCGAAUUCUGUCAGUGUCUCUAGAGCUUCUCCUGGAGGACUAGAUGCAAUGUUGCCUUAUGCCUCUGACUGUAUGAACCCUGGUGCAUCUUUUCAUAGAAAGAGAGAAAGCCAAGAAGUACAACUGUCUUCUAUGCCUGGUUUGAAUAAGCGAACAAGGGUUUCAGACAUGGGUCCUGAUGGGGUUCCACAGCAACAGUUAGGGCAACGAAUGGAUGGCCUUCAUGGAACCGAUACAAAUUGGAAAAAUGCGCUUCUACAACAAGACAUGCUUUGUAGAAAUAUUCAGUAUCCAAAUGCAAAUAUUCAGAGGUUUUCACCACAGCAGUUUGAAAGAGCUUUGAAUCAGGAAGCUGGUCCCAUGCAAUUUCCAACUUCACAACAGGGUCCAAUGCGUUACACUUCGAAAGAGGAGCCAUUAGAGACAGGUAAAAUUGAUGGUAAUAUCAGAAACAAUAUGCCGGGAGUGGGAAGCGAUGCAAAUGAUUUGGAUCCGCGUAUUCAGCCAAGGAUGCCCUAUAAUGGAUUUAACAGAUCAAAUUUCCACCAAACAUCCUGGAAUGCUAAUCCAGGCCAGCAGAUUGAAAAAGACCCGAAAAAGGAAGAACAAUUCAGUAGGAGGGUAUCGGCUCAAAGCCCUCGUUUAUCAGCAGGUGCUCCUCCACAGUCCCCACUUUCGUCGAAGUCUGGUGAGUUUUCUGGUGGUUCAAUGGGGACCCACUAUGGAGCAGUUGCAGCAGCUCAAAAGGACAAGGCCGUUACUUCAAUUCCCGCUAUCGGUGCUACUCAGUCCGUGGGUUCUAGUGGUAAUGAUGCUAUGCAGCAAAGGCCACACCAAAUGGCUCCAAAACGUAGGACAAAUUCUCUUACUAAGACGCAAGUUAUGGCCAGUGUUGGCUCUCCUGUUAGUGUCAAUACUAUGAGUGUCCCCCUUAAUGCAAGGAGCCCUUCAGUGGGAACCCAAACUUUGGGCGAUCACGCAAUUCUCGACAGAUUCUCAAAAAUUGAACGAGUUGCUGCAAGGUACCAACUAAACUGCAAAAAGCAUAAGGUGGAUGACUAUUGUCGGAGACCUCGCUCUUACGUUCACCAGUACCUGAUUGAUUGUUUUUCAAAACUGUCCUACAACGAGGAAUUCAAAGACGAGGACAAAGUAUUAUCAAAAUCUAUUCUUGGUGGCAGUAUGAAUACUUACAAGACAAGAGUCAUGAACUUUAUUCGGGUAGACCGUGUAAUGCAAGGUACUGUUGCUUCCCUCGUUCCUAGAAUAAGAACAAGACUGGUGAUGUCAGAGAAGCCCGACGGGACAGUAGCAUGGUAUCAAGGGGACAUAGAUGAUGGUGAUGCCAGUCCGUAUGAAGAUCAUUUGUUAGUGUUGCCCAAUACCCACAUCGCCGACUUACUUGCUGCUGAAUUCAAAUCACUGAUGAUGUCCCGUGAAGGAUACCUCAUGGAAGAACAUAUCCAGGCAAAGUCAAAUCGUGGGGAUGCUGGACCAAGCAGCAGCCAAGCGAGUGGGUUUCCAAGAGGUAACUCUGCAAAUGAUAUGCAACAGUAUGGAGAUGCAGCUGGUGGACAAGCGCCCAGUGAGGCACCAAAACAGGGGACUAAUGGAAGUGCGCCUAUAAACUCGAACCAGAAUAUUCAUGCAAAUGCAAGGAUGCUGCCUCCGGCAAAUUCUCAAGCCAUGCAAAUGUCUCAAGGACUGUUGUCUGGUGUCUCCAUGCCUAUGCAACCACAACAGCUUGACCCACAACAACAGGCGGCGCUACUGUCACAGCUACAGCAGAAAAAUCAGCAGUCCAUGUUUACACAGCAGAAUCCACAAAUGCAGAGAGCAUCUAUGACUAUGCCUUCAAAUCCGCUAUCAGCUAUCAACUCGAUGAGCCAGAACUCUGGCAUUCAUCCAGGUGGUCAGAUGGCGAACAAGCACUCACCUCAUCAAUUGCAGAUGUUACAGCAGCAGGCGGCAAUUCAGAGAAAGAUGAUGAUGGGGCAAGGAGGUGUAGGCAUGGGUAUGGGUAUGGGAAUGGGAAGCAUGGGGAACAAUAUUGCUGCGCUUGGAGCUUUUGGCAACCAGUUGAAUAUGGCAGGAAGAGGGAUUGGAGGAACGGGAAUCUCAUCAUCGAUGUCUGGUCCUGGCAUCAGUAAUAUGGGCCUGAACCCAAUGAAUCAUCCAGCAUCAAAUUUAAAUGUUAUAAGCCAGCAGAUCCGAUCUGGUGCAUUACCACCACACCAAAGCGCUGCUGUACUUGCAAAUCUUAGGUUAGCAAACCGAGGAGGUGUAAUGGGUGCUCCCCAAGCCGGAAUAAGUGGCUUGUCAGGUGUCAGGCAGAUGCACCCCAGCUCAGCUGGUCUUUCCAUGAUGGAUCAGAAUACAUUUAAUCGCGCUAGCCUGCAACAGCGAGCUGCUGCUAUGGGUAACAUGGGCCCACCUAAGCUGAUGCCUGGGAUGAAUCUUUACAUGAAUCAACAGCAACUCCAGCAGCAGCAGCAACAACAGUUUCAGCAGUUAGGUCAGUCCCAGCAGCAACAGCAGUUAUCUCAGUCUGAGCAGCAACAGCAGCAGCUACAACAACAUGAGCUGCCUCAACAACCACAACAGCAGCAGCAGCAACAGUCAACAGCCUCCGCUCUUCAAUCUGUGCUAUCACCACCCCAAGUAAGCUCACCAUCAGCUGGAAUUACCCAGCAGCAGAUGCAACAGCCGAGUCCCCAGCAAAUGAGCCAGAGAACUCCAAUGAGUCCCCAGCAAAUGAACCCACGAACUCCUAUGAGUCCCCAGCAAAUGAACCCAAGAACUCCAAUGAGUCCUCAGAUAAGCUCCGGUGCGAUGCAUCCCAUGAGCACAAGCAACCUUGAGGCUUGUCCAGCGAGUCCACAACUAAGUUCUCAGACACAUGGAUCGGUUGGUAGCAUCACCAAUUCCCCAAUGGAGCUUCAAGGUCCCAAGAACAACUCUGCUGGUAAUAACACCUAAUCAAGAAACCUAUUGAUUGGUGAUAAAUGUCAUGUAGCUUCAGAACAUGAGGUGUAAUUCAACUUAGUGAUGGACAAAGUAUAGGAACUCUUUUCAGUGUCACAGUUCGAAAACUUUGCAUGUACAUUAAAUAAGCUUUUGGAGUUAAAAUUAGAUUCUUGGCAUGUGCCUGUAGAGAAAGUAAAGGAAUCCUUUGUGCUUUGCAAGUGAAAAAUGCCAUUGUUAUUUAGAUUGUUGAUAUUUAUGUAAUACUGCCUGCUUCAGGCUAUUUGGAGAUUUUGUUUCUCAGGAUAUGAAUAUAGGAUUCCAAUA